AUGGCCUGGUUCUGGGAGAACUUGUCUCUGAUGAGGCGGCCCCCAAAUGCAACCAUGAACAUCUUUAUGCAAAUGACUACCACAGAAGUUCUCAACUUCAAUGGCAUUGGAACCUGCCACGCAAAUGACAUUCUACACCUUGCCUGCUGGGUGCCAUUCACCAAUACUUCCAGCCAGCACGAGACCCGUCAUCAGAAUACCACAUACUUCCGAUCAUCAUCUACGCUCUGCCGCGGUCGCCGCAUCGACAAGAUCACGAUGAUCCACGCCCGAGCCAAACGAGGGGACUAUGAUGAGAAGCCAGUCAACGCAACCUUCGAAAACUGUCUCUCGGAGGGGUUAACGCACUUACAACGUGCCAAUGAGGAGGUCGAAGACACAGAGGUUGACGACGAUGAUUUUUACGUUCUCACUGACGAGGACUCCUCCUCUGAGGAAUCGGUGGAUGCAAUUGUGAAAUGUGUCCCAGCUUGCACGAGUGAGGGGAGUGCCUUGACAGUCAGCCGUUAUAUUCGCGGCAGUUUCACCAAGGUCUACCAAAUGGCUGCUCAAUGCGUGCUGAUGAAGAAUGAGUCGGUCAAGAACUGUGCAGACACGGAGGACCUGAUAUCCUCUGUGGUUUUCGACACAACCACAAGUGCGGUUCGACUAUUCUCUGUCACAAUUGUCAUCGUCAUGCAUUCUUGCAGCCAGCUUCAACUGGUGCACACAACAGGGUCGGUUGUUCAGCUAGCUCUGUCGGAGUCUGGAACACAACACAACCAGAUGGCAUCUAUCCUUGAGUUUGUCGUGGUUUGGGAAUUGUUGAGGGCUUGAUUGGAUGAGUAUAAGAUAGUGAAGAUCCGCUUUUACAAGAAUUAAUAAAGAGAGUGUAGGAGUUCGUACCUUUUCAAUAAACUUGUCAGUGGCUUUCGUUGAAGAUGUCUCUUGUCAAUCAGUGGGCAAAAAAACGAUAAUGAUAAAGAGUGU